AUGGAAAACACGGUUGAAGUAGUAGGGAAAUGUGGUCUAGUUUGAUGCGGAUGGUGUGAUUGCGCUCAUCUUCUCAGCACAGCGUCUCAGCCUACAGUGUAGACAAUUUGGUGAAUUUUAAUGGCUUUGUUUUAUUCUCGCGUUUUUUUCCGAUGAACUGGCCUUUGUCCAAAUAUUUUUGCUUUUGUUACUACAAAAACUGAUUCCAGAUGGGCAACUUGUCGAAAUUAGCUCAUGCUCUGGGAAUGCAGAUUUCCACAGCAAACUGCUAUGAAACGAUUCACACUUGGGAGCCCAACUGCUACAAAGCCACAUGGGUGAGUUCUGAAGAAAAGCCAAAGAAAAGUCCAGUUCAACCUUUCAGCAAGCGACCCCUGGCGCUUUUCUGUUCUGUUUGAAAACUUAUUUCUCAUUUUACUUUGUGAGUUUCCCUAUCAACAAAAAAAGUGAUGAAGUUAUAAUUAUAGCUAGCCACGCUUGUUUCCAAACGAGGAAAUCUAAAAAAAGUUGAUUGGGGUCGAUUUAUCCGGGACGUCCUUCAGUCUUCUGUGUUUUUGACAAUGAAUAUGAUUUUCUUCUUGAUGUAUCUCUGUCAAUUAAGGUAUCAUGAUUGUUUUAAUACAAUCGAAUGAUGAGCAUUUCAGACACUUGCUCGGAUUUUUCACUCCCAUCAGCAUGGGUUUUAUAUCUAGUUGCAUGGCUUCUUUCAGUGCGAUUCUUUUCGAAAAACCGUCCAGGAGAUCUGCUCUCGCACUUUAUUUGACAAAUUUGGUAAUCUACUGAAGAACAAGGGAUUUAAAGUUCUGAUAUUUUAUCAGGCAUCCGAAACUUUGUUCCGGCAGUUGGUUAACUUUGGAUACAUCAAACCGAUUCCUCAUGGAAUUUUCAUUCCCUUCUCAGUUGGUCUCGGCCUGUUUAUGUACCUGUACAGCAAAGAACGACUUUCUAAAUCUCUCACCAAUAUGCUGAGGUAAAUUUAAUCCCGCCAAAACCAAGAUGGAAAAUAAUUGAGAAAUGAAUUUAUGACUUUUUUUUUUCAGUGGAGCAAUCAAGUUGAACGUGAGCAAAGAAAUUUUGGAUGGAAAGAAGCUUCCUGACGAUUUCCAUGCAUUCCUUCACAAGCUAAGGACAGAUUUCGGCAGGACGAAAAACUGCGAACAUGUGCACUCUUGUGUCAGUGUGUGUACAGAGGUAUGCAAAAAAAUUCGAACUUACUUUUUUUAAUAAUUUUUUUCAGGGUUUUAUUAAAAAAACUUCGCUGUUGGCUUGGGCGCAAGUUCUGCCUUGACGCUUAUCAGCAACUUCCGACUAUUGUUCAAAAGUCCAACAAAGCUCAUUUCUAUGUUGUUUGCCGCCAAAAACUUCAAAAUUCCGUUGUUUGUCGGGCUCCUGCCUUUAAUUUUCAAUGUUUGUUUUUUUCUUUUCUGUACGAAUGUGGCUUCAGGAUUUGUUUUUAUCAUAUAUUAAGUGGGGUAAUUGAAGAAAGUUUUCUAGAAUUGAAAAAAAAUGUCAUUUUUGCCUUUUUAUGCAUGCUAUUCUAGCCUUUUUUUUAAACUGAGUACAAGAAACAUGGGUUUUUAGGCUUCACGCUGUUCUCUGAAUCGAGUGGACGGUAUCUCCAAGACGGUGAGAAAUGUAGCGUCAGGCUCUCUCGCUGGUCUCUCUAUGCUAGUUUUUCCGAACGUCAGCAUUGCUAUGUACUGCAUGUGGAAAGCCAUCGAGGUCUGAAAAAAAAGUUGAAAGCAAAAAAUCCUAAAUUUUAAGUCUCUAUACUUCGACUUGGUGGAUCGUGGAUACCUGCCUCUAGUCCCUCAUGGAGAGAUAAUUCUAUACACGAUCACCACGGGAUAUGUUCUGUGGCAAGUAAUUGUUCAGCCCCACGCGAUCCGAUCCGGCUAUCUCAACUUCCUCGGUGGACUUGUCGGCAACAGGUACUGAUUGAAAAUUUUUAAGUUUUUUUAAACUCUUGUCUCGAGUCCCUAGGAAGUUUUUGGGCAAGUUUCUCUCAGCGAAUGAUUUAAUUUUCUUGACGCCUCGUUAAAUUUUGCCAGAUUGAAUUUGGUUAAAAAGAGUCUUAGAAGUCUGAUUGAAUAUAAAAAAUUCCAACAAUGUCAAAUUAUUCGGGUUUUCAGGUACAAAAUCUUCAAUCGGGUGUUGAUCGACGAGUUCGGCUACCAUUCUCGUGUGCUUUUCGACGCAAAACUCGAUCUCGACCCUCGUUAUGUCACCAUCAAUCCGAUGCUUUACAAACAUUUAGCUGGCACAAGAUAG